GCUCCUGAGGACCGGCAAUGGUUGUAGGUAAGGGUACGGCAAGCUUCGGUAAGCGCCACAACAAGACGCACACCUUGUGCAGACGUUGUGGCCGCUCCGCCUAUCAUAUCCAGAAGUCCACUUGUGGUGCCUGCGGAUAUCCUUCAAACACAUGCGCAAAUACAACUGGGCUACCAAGGCUCAACGCCGCAGGACCACUGGUACUGGACGCUGCCGACACCUCAAGACUCUCCCCAGGAGGUUCAAGAAUGGUUUCCGUGAAGGCGGAGUUGCAAAGAGCCAGAAGAAGAGGGCUGCACAGUAAAACUUGUGAAUCUGGGGUGAUAGAAUAUAGUUUCGAAAAUAAACCUUCGACAGGAGAACGC